AGCGUGGAAUGUUGGUACAUUGUUGUUGUUUUGUAGUUAAUUUAGUACGAGGAUACACCGCUGCCCGUCUGCUGGACGCGUUAUACCAACUGUGUCAAGGAUCUUCGGCGCUUGGAAACCUACUUCGCUACUUUUUACGCAUUCCGGUCCACAGACACCCGCGUUCACAGAGUGUGUCUUCUGUGAGAUUCUGGCCAGUUGUCUGGAUGCAGGGAAUGACGACUCAUUUUAAGACGAGCAAAGCUUUAAAGGUCAAGAGGGAGGCAGGUGAGAAUGCCCCGGCACUCAGUGAUGAUGAGUUGGUGGGCAUGUCUGUACGGGAGCUCAACCAGCACCUGCGUGGGCUCACUAAGGAUGACGUUGUGCGGUUGAAGCAGCGUCGACGUACCCUGAAGAACCGAGGCUACGCCGCCAGCUGCCGCAUCAAACGGGUCACUCAGAAGGAGGAGCUGGAGAAACAAAAGAUAGAGCUACAGCACGAGGUGGACAAGUUGGCCGCGGAGAACGCCAGCAUGAGGUUGGAGCUGGAUGCCUUGCGAGCCAAGUACGAGGCCCUGCAGUGUUUUGCCAGGACUGUGACCCGAGGGCCCCUCUCGCCAGGCAAAGUGGCUACCACCAGCGUCAUCACCAUCGUCAAGUCGGCACACCGCAACAACUCCAGCCCAACGCCUUUCUCAGCUCCCUCCUAGUGCUGACAGGACUAGGCUUUUCUCCUCCUGCCUGGUCCUUUCUGGUUCUGACCCAGCUUCAAUCCACUCAUCCUGUACUGAGAGGACGCUCAGUAGUUAGACUGAAGGAUGGGA